AUGGUACCAGACGUGCCUUCAUCUCUAAUCGCUCCCCUGAAGACUAUUUCCCUUCAGGAGCUUCGCAGAGGCUCUCCGCUGGAGAAGAGCAAGCUGCUUGCUGCCGCGAAGGAUGAUGGCAUCUUCUACCUUGAUUUCACGCAUGAUCAUGCUGAGUUCAGGCUGGCUGACUUGAUGAAGGGUAUCUACGGGCUCAGCCAGUCUCUAUUUGAUCUAAACCUAGAAGAAAAGAUGCAAUAUGAUGUGGACAGAGUUGGCAAACUAAAACUGAACGGCUACAAGCCUAUCCGCCGCAACAUUGGCGGCAUCAAAGGCCAGCGCGAUGGCUUUGAGAGCUACGCUAUCUCCCGCAACAGCAUCUUGUCCUCCGCCCAAUUUCCGCACCCCGGGCCCAUCAACACCCAUAUGCCGCUUCUCCGGGCCUUAACCUUGACCUGCAUUGAGAUUGCCCAGCAUAUCUUCAAGAUCCUGUCGGCCGAGCUCGAUCUCCCCCCAUCCCAUGGCCUCGACCACUUCCACCGCCCCGACGCCCCAGCCCCAGACAUCAUCCGCCUCCUCAAGUAUGCCCCAUCCACCGCGGGAAAUUCAGAGUUUUGUGUGCCUCAAACUGCACACACCGAUCUCGGUUCUCUCACUAUGCUUUUUGCCGACUCCCCGGGACUCCAGAUCCGACCCGACGACCGCGAGGAGUGGCUGUACGUCAUGCCUAAGGAGAACCACGCCGUCAUCAAUCUCGGUGAUGCGAUGAGUCUCUGGUCUGGUCAAGUAUUUCGUAGUGUCUUGCACCGUGUGGCUUCGCUGCCCCAAAGAGGCAUGCAGGAACGAUACAGUUGUGCAUUCCUGAUGCGGCCAGAAAAUGCGGCACCCAUGGUUGAUUUGACAGGGAACAGGCUGCCCAAAGAGAGAGACGGUGUUCUAACAAGCGAGGACUGGAUCAAGGCUAAGUUUGGGGCCUUACGAGGUGAUACUGCACGGAAUGAGAGUCGGAUCCUCACAGGCAGAGACGCAGUUGUUUGA